AGUCACUUUCUCUCUCUAAAUCUCCUCAUUUCUCUCUCUAAACCUCCUUCUCAAAUCGCAGAUCUUUUUCUAUAAUAGUCUAGAAUACACAUCUCUAUCUGGCUUCUCUACACACACCCUCUCUCUAAAAAGCUUUCAAAGUUUUGUUUGUAUAUGCAAUUGUAAUUUCAGGAUAUGAUUUUUUCAGAUCUUUAGAGGCAUUGCAGAUCUAGGGUUCGAUUGGAGUUCUAGGGUUUAGGGUUUCGAGUUCUGUAAGCGAAAAUGGCUACGCCGUUUCACUUGCCGGUUACCGCUGCGCAGGUGGGGACGUACUUCGUUGGGCAGUAUUACCAGUUUCUUCAACUCCAACCUGAUUUCGUUCACCAGUUUUACAGCGAUGCCAGCACCAUACUUCGAAUUGAUGGGAACACUAGAGAGACCGCUUCGGCAAUGCUGCAAAUCCAUUCACUUGUUAUGUCUCUCAAUUAUACUGGGAUAGAAAUCAAGACAGCACAUUCCCUGGAAUCUUGGAAUGGAGGUGUUCUGGUGAUGGUUUCGGGUUCUGUGCAUCUAAAGGAUUUGAAUAACAGGAGAAACUUUAUGCAGACUUUUUUCCUUGCCCCCCAAGAGAAAGGCUACUUUGUUCUCAAUGAUAUCUUUCACUUUGUUGAUGAGGAACCCAUUCACCAGCAUCCGGCAGCCUAUUUAUCGCAGACCAAUCUUGAUUCCAAAUUAAACACUUCAACUGUUAUUCGAGAGCAAGUAUCCAACUACAUGACGGGCAGAGAAGUCCAGGCUAGGGAGUUUGCGGCUGCUGCUAAUAUUCAAGGAAACGGUCCAGUUGACAACUACAGUUUCCCGGAGCAAGGGCUGCAGCAAGUCCCUGAGGCUGAAAACAUUCUAGAAGACAAUUCUGCAGUACAUUCAAAUGGUUCACCUCAAAGUUCAAUGAACCUUAUACAAGACAACCUUUCUACUCCUUUUGAAGAACCUGCUGGGGAGCCCCAAAAGCACACUUAUGCUUCUGUUUUGCGGGUAGCUAAAGGACAAACUCCAUCAUCAGUACCUCCUCAGAUUUCUGUUACUAAGACAACACCACCUGCUUCAGAGUGGCAUCAUGUUCCAGAGCCAACUACUCAGCAAUCCUUUGCAUCAACUGCUUUUGAAAGGUCUGGGGCUGAGGCUGCCGAUGAAUUUUCUGCUGUAGAAGAUGAAGGUGAAAUAAAGUCAGUUUACGUGAGAAACUUACCAUCGACUGUGUCUGCUUCUGAAAUGGAGGAGGAAUUUAAGAAAUUUGGUAGACUAAGUCUGAAUGGCGUGGCUAUUAGAAACCGGAAGGACAUUGGCGUUUGCUAUGCAUUUGUUGAAUUUGACGAUACCACUGGUGUUCAAAAUGCAAUAAAGGCAUCAACGGUUCAGAUUGCUGGACAUCAAGUAUACAUAGAAGAGCGGAGAGCGAACAGAAGCAACUCAUCUCGAGGAGGAAGAAGGGGUAGAGGCAGGGGUGGCUACCACACUGAAGCCCCAAGAGGACGUUUUGGUGGUCGGAGUUUUGGCAGGGGAAGUAACCAGGAUGGAGGUGACAGGGACUACAGCAGACCGAGGGGAAAUGGUUUCUAUAGGCAAACUGUCCGUCAAGACAGAGGGGUUUCUGGCUACCAAGUCUCGAGAAAUGGACAGCAAGCUUCCGAUUGAAGGACCGUGUUUGCAAGCAGAGGAGGACAAUUUUGAUUGAAAAUCUUUUGUUUCAGCAGAUUCAGCUCUAAAGGGCUCACCAGCUUUUAUUUUCAAAUUAGAUGAUCUGAGGAAGAUUGCAGCACAAAAUCUUUUUCGGGGAGAAUUUCUCGGUACUUAAAAUUUCUUCCCUAGAUAGACUUCCUAACUUAAGAGGGAAUAAUUUAUGCAAUUUUGAGGUAUUCUGCUUUUGUUGAAUUUAACAUGUUGCAGUUUUGUCUAUUAAACCUUCUCGUCGAGUUGAAAAUGCUUGAAGCUAUUUUGGGUGAUAGCACAUACGAUCUUUCUUGUCGAGUCGACUUAUUUUUACCCUAUUUGAAACUCACACUGGCGUUUCAUUAUCACAAGGUGAUUAGUUCAAAAGACUACACAAGCCUAACAACUGUGCCCUUGUCUGUGAAUGGGCCUUAAAUUCUUAAUGCGAGCGACAGAGACAAACAGGUAAUUUCAUACUGUUUUCUGUUUCUACUUUCUAGAACAACCUGUGGCACUUUGAAAAUGUUGGAUGCUUGUAAAUUCAGACAUAUGGAGUGUAACUAUAUUUUCUGAUAUUAUAUACGAGCAUUGUUUCUAGAA